AUGUCCAAAGACAACAGUCCUAGAGUGAACGCGAACAUCUCACAAGCGCUGUCAGCAGCAGGCCCAUUGUCGGGUCCGAACACCGUUGCGAUCAAGGCCUCUCAAGAUUUCGAGGUAUCGUUCCCUUCGGAUGUUUUCGACUCAGACAGCAAGCUGUCAUACUUUGCGACUCUCUCUGACCAUACCUCACUGCCUGCGUGGAUCAGCUUUGACCCAUCCUUGUUGCAUUUCACUGGAACCACUCCACCGACAAGUAUACUGCAGUAUUUUGGUAUACUCCUGAUCGCUUCCGAUACGCCAGAUGAUAGAGACAUACAGUCACCGUCCGCUGACCUACCAGAUUGGCUGGCCUUCGGCGGCAACUCUUUCGACGUUCCCGGAACGGCGCCUAGUGAACUCUCGUCACAAGACCUCACCAUAUCGACCAAAGACAUAUACGGUGACUUAGCCCAACAUACUGUCCACUUGAACGUUGUUUCGGAGUCAUUCUCUGGUACAGUUGGUACGCUUAACAUUACAAUGGGGGAACUCUUCAAAGUCCAGCUACCGCAACCAAUACUCGCUAAGGACGACGAAGUUGUGACAGUCGACUUCACGACGCUGGUGGUUCAUAUGCACUUCAAUCCGACAACGUUUACGAUUUUUGGUACUGUUUCCGAGGACAUGUCGCCGCAGGUCGUACAAUGCUCCAUGGCGGCUACCUCAAAAUAUGGAAGCCUCAAGGAGUCUCACGGAGUUGAAUGGGGGGAGGGAGCGCAAUCCGCUUAG